GCGAAGCGUGAGGGGCGAGACCGGAUGUGAGGUCACUCUCCCCGAGGUGAAAGGUUAGCGGAAGUGUCCCUUCUUCCUUUCUGCUGUAGGCUUGAGUGCUGGUGUCGAGAUGGGCAAAUUCAUGAAACCCGGGAAGGUGGUGCUGGUCCUGGCCGGACGCUACUCCGGACGCAAGGCGGUCAUCGUGAAGAACAUUGAUGAUGGCACCUCCGACCGUCCCUACAGCCAUGCUCUGGUGGCUGGAAUUGACCGCUAUCCCCGCAAAGUGACAGCUGCCAUGGGCAAGAAGAAAAUUGCCAAGAGGUCAAAGAUCAAGUCUUUUGUGAAAGUUUAUAACUACAAUCACCUCAUGCCCACAAGAUACUCUGUGGAUAUUCCCUUGGACAAAACUGUCGUCAACAAGGAUGUCUUCAGAGACCCUGCUCUUAAACGUAAGGCCCGGCGAGAGGCCAAGGUCAAGUUUGAGGAGAGGUACAAGACCGGCAAGAACAAAUGGUUCUUCCAGAAGCUGCGGUUUUAAAUCUGUUUUGUUUCAGUCAUUAAAAAUACCCCCCCAAAAAAAGUGCUUGUCUGCCUACGGCAUGUAUUAUCAGACUGGGAAUAAACAUUCAUAUGAGACGUUG